AUGGAUUCUCAUCUAAAAGGUGUUGCAAAAUCAACUAUGUCAGAUCAAAUACGUAAGGAGUUGUGUGAUUACAAGAGAGAUAAUCCUGCAAGCACACAUAAAGACUUGCAGAGAUGGCUUGAGGGAAAAUUUCAGUUAAAAGUUAGUCAAGGAACAAUAUCAAACACACUUAAACGGUCAGAUGACUAUCUCUCUGCUGAAAUAGAAAAGGAAAGAGUAGAGAUCAAAAGACACAAACCAGCAAAAUAUCCUAACAUGGAGAAGGUUUGUUAA